AUGUUAAAAGGUGAAGAAUUUAAAUGGCUCGAAGAAGCAAAUAAAUCCUAUGAAGAUAUAAAAAACAUAUUGGUAUCACCUCAGGUUUUAAUGCCCUACGAUCCAUCUUUGCCACUUCUAUUAGCAACUGAUGCUAGUAAGACUGGAUUAGGUGCCGUUCUUUCCCAUCGUCUUAGCAACGGUCAAGAACGUCCAAUAGCAUAUGCUAGUCACACAAUGACGUUAACAGAGCAACGAUAUCCUCAAAUUGACAAGGAAGCUUUAGCUAUAGUGUGGGCUGUUAAAAAAUUUUUCUUAUAUCUUUAUGCUCGUCAUUUUUCGUUGAUAACGGAUCAUAAGCCCCUCACACAAAUUCUUCAUCCCGAGAAGUCUCUUCCAAACUUAUGCAUUAGCCGUAUGGCUAAUUAUGCCGAUUUUCUAGCUAAUUUCAACUAUGAUGUCAUUUUUAAGUCUACCAAGGAAAAUUCGAAUGCGGAUUACUGCUCAAGACUUCCAUUAAAAUCAGUAAAUACCAUUUAUAGUCACUCUUCUGCACAAUUCUCAUGUGAAAAUAAUAAUGAAGAAGAAUAUGACGAAUUCGACGACUUCGUUAUAAGUCAAAUAAACCAGUUUCCAAUAAAUGCUGAACGUGUAGCUGCCGAAAUUCGGAAAGAUGAACAUUUAGGAAAAAUUGUACAUUUACUUGAAUCAGGGCAGUGCCUAACUCGUGCUGGAUAUAAAGCUCCAGAAUCUAACUACAAACUAGCAGCAAAUUGUUUGGUGUAUGAGCAUCGAAUUGUGAUUCCAGUAUCGCUCAGGAAGUUAGUAUUGAAAGACUUACAUACAGCACACUUGGGAAUGGUGAAGAUGAAAGGAAUGGCUAGAUCGUUUAUAUAUUGGCCAGGAUUAGAUAGCGAUAUAGAAAAUGCCGUAAGAGAAUGUUUAGACUGUGCCAAACAUGCCCAUGCUCCACCAAAAUUCAGAGAACACCAUUGGGAAUACCCGAAGGGUCCUUGGGAGAGGAUACACAUCGAUUAUGCUGGUCCUUUUGCGGGUAUGAUGUUACUUGUGAUUUCAGAUGCUUAUAGUAAAUGGCUAGAAGUGAAAGUAACACAGUCAAUGACAUCAAGUGCAACAAUAGCAAUUUUAGACGAAGUUUUCGCUGCUUAUGGAGUGCCCAUUACAGUGGUUAGUGAUAAUGGAAAAUAUCACAAAUUUGUAGCCCCAUAUCAUCCGUCUUCUAAUGGACAAGCCGAGAGAAAUGUCCAAACGGUGAAAGAUGCUUUAAGAGCGAUGCAAACCUCCCGGAAUAAUCUUCAACAAAAUUUAAACAUAUUUCUACGUCAGUAUCGAAAAGCACCACAUUCUACCACAGGUCAACCACCAUCUCAACUGUUUUUAGGACGAGUUUUACGAACUCAUCUUGAUAUAGCAGUCUUACAAUUUAAUACAGCAGAUCCGAUUCAAGAACGAACAAUGCCUACUACUCCGAUUGCUCCUCGAAGAUCAACUCGCCCUCCAAAACCUCGAGUAUUGUUUAGUCCCAAAUGA